CCUGGAUUCACAGAAACGAAAGUAGAAGCAAAGCUUGCAAGCAGAAGUGGUUGGAGUUUAUUUUAGACAUCGCUGGACCCAAAACCCCCUCUAAAGGGCCCAAGCAAGAGUUUAGUCCUCUAGGACGCUCCACCUUGUGCCCUGAUCUGAAGCCUCAGCUUUUGCUAACCAGGUGACCAUGUCUGUGACCCUCCAAAAUGUCCUCUGCAGUCUUCAGGAGGAGCAAUCCAGGCUCAAGACGAAGCUGCAGGAGCUGCAGCAACAGAAAAGGACACCCCUGAUCUCUCCCAAAGAGGGGAUCCCGUUCCCGGUGCCCGAGGUCCCCCUGGCAUUCCAAGGCCGCAUUCAGCAAGGCAGGCAAGUACCCAAGUUUCUGGUUUCUAACUUGAAGAUCUGCUGCCCUCUGCCUGGAGGUUCUGCUAUAGUCACCUUUGAUGAUCCCAAAGUGGCUGAUCAGUUGCUACAACAAAAGGAACAUAAAAUUGACAUAGAGGAAUGCUGGCUUCGGGUGCAGAUCCAGCCCUUGGAGCUGCCUGUGGUGACCAACAUCCAGGUGUCCAGUCAGCCAGAUAGUCACAGGGUGCUAGUCAGUGGCUUUCCUUCUGGACUUCAGCUGAGUGAGGAGGAGCUGCUAGACAAGUUGGAGAUCUUCUUUGGCAAGGCCAAGAAUGGAGGCGGGGAUGUGGAGACCCGGGAGAUGCUGCAAGGGACAGUCAUGCUAGGUUUUGCUGAUGAAAAAGUGGCCCAGAACCUAUGCCAGAUUGGCCAGUUCCGAGUGCCACUGGGCCGGCAGCAGGUCCCUCUGAGAGUUUCUCCCUAUGUGAGUGGGGAGAUCCAGCAAGCCAAGAUCAAAUUCCAGCAAGCACUUCACUCAGUGCUGGUGACAAAUAUUCCUGACAUCCUGAAUGCCCAAGAAUUGCAUGACAUCCUGGCGAUCCACUUCCAGAAGCCCACCCGUGGAGGCGGGGAGGUGGAGGCCCUGUCAGUUGUACCCUCGGGGCAGCAGGGCCUGGCUGUCUUCACUUCUUCAUCAAGCUAGGUCUGCAUGUCCACCUGCUGGGGACUGGGAUCACACACUGCCUAAUACGCCAACAACGCAGUGUGACUGCCUUCCUUAUUUCAGGCUAUGAGCUCUGUAGGUGGAAGGGUGGCAGCAGGAGAGGGCAGAGUCCAGACCUUGACAGCAGUGGCCUUUCAUUGACUCACUUUUUCCACUCCUUUUUUGCUCAAGAGACAGGGAUUCUCUGUGUGUAGACCAGGCUGGUUUUUAACUCACAGAGAUCCGCCUGUCUCUGCCUCUCAUGGCUGUGAUUAAAGGAGUGUGCCACCACCGUCUGGUAUUCCCACUACUCUUAAAAACAACAUGUGGUCAGAA